UGUGGGGAUGGAAAUGAAAUGACAUUUUGUUUUGUUUUGUUUUUCCCUCCAUCAUAAUUUCAUUUCCUUCCCUUCUCUUCUCUCUCUUGUUAUCGUUUUCUCAGACUCGGAGAAAGAGAUAGAGAGAAAGAAGAACAAUCAGUCGCCGAAUUCUCCAUUUCUUAUUUUUAUUUCUUUUCUUUUCUCUCCCUUUCAAAGAAAGACAGGCUAUAUCGUAGAGAAAAGGAAGAAGUGCAAGACAGAAACAAGUUAUUAGAGAGAAAGAAAGGGAAGAAGUAAUAAAAGAACCUUUUGAAUCCCUCUCUCUCCUGAUUGCAGAUGGAAAACGAUGGAUGAUCAGUAAGAGUUUUCGCUUACUACUCUUUCAAACUCUUCUGUUGCGCUACUUGUAGCUAUAGGUUAGACUGGCUAGUUCAUGAUCUACAACUGCUGCUUGCAGAUGAACAACAUACAGCGAGAGUGGAGAUGAUGAGGAAAAAGUGACACGAGAGUUACAUAAGAUAGCAAGCGUAUCAUCAAAAAAUAGCUAAGAGUAUUACAGCCAGAAAAUAAUUAAUCUAUGUCCCAAGGCUUUCAUCAAGCUGGGAUUCUCAAUACUUCACCUUCGUCAUCAUCCUCAUCGAAUAAUAAUGGGUUUCUGACACCAUCGACAACUGCCUUAUUACAAGAAGAUAGGAUCAAUAAUCAUGGUGGUCAUCAUCAGCAACAUAUAGCUCAGCAGAACCGAAGGGAUAAACUUAGGGGACAAGGUUUUGAACCACCAGCAGUACCAUUAGUUUCCAUAGAAGAAGAGCCGGGCGGCUUGUCAUCCGUGUUCGAGACAGGUACCGGUAUGUGGUCAGAGUUAUACAAUUUCCCACCAGGAGGUGGUAGUAGUGGUGGAGGUGAAGUUACAACGUCACAGAUUCCGCCGGAAUAUCAUCAUCGUUUAGUAUUGCAACCGACACCACCACAACCACCGUCUGAAGGGACCACUACAACCAUAACCAAUGAGUGGUAUAGAAACAGAAAUGGAUUAAUGGUUGGUGGGUCGGGUCAUCAUCAAUUAGAAGAUCCAAUUCUGAAACACAACCAUGGUGUUGAUGAGGGUGCUGCUGGUCAGAUAUCUGAUCAACAGUCUCAUCAUCAGAUAUCAAGUAUAAAUGCGGAGUCUGCAGCAGCCAUGCAGCUUUUCCUUAUGAAACCACAACAACCAAGAUCACCUUCUUCUCCUCCAUCUUCAUCCCAUACUCAGCAUCAAACUCUUAAUCUUCAAGGGUUUCAUUCAUCAUCAUCCGGUGGUUCAGGAUAUGGUAUUGCAAACAAUAAUCCCACAAUUGCGACACCGUCUCAGUACAUGACAUGGGGUAAUGUGGUAGAUAAUACCGGUGUAACUUUAUUCAACGGCAGUGGUCCUAAAAUCGGAGUGGGUUCUAAUAAUAUGGAAACCAACCAAGCUCUUUCUUUGUCACUAUCCUCUUCACUAAGACAAUUUGAAGUCGCCGCAAAAGCCGAAGAAUUACGGAUGAUGGGAGACGAUGGGGUUCUCUAUUUUGAUCAAGGUAUUGGUGUCGGUGGGGGAAUUGGUUCUUCUUCUAAUUCAAAAGCAGCUUCAUAUCAUCAACAACAACAAGUAAAGAAUUUUGGGAGUCAAACACAACAGUUGCAUUUGCAAGGAACUGUAGUGAGUCAAAACCAGCAGCAACAAUAUCAUGAUCAUGUUGGUAACAUGAGGUCAUCAUCAAGUUUGGGUGUAGUGAGUCUUUUGAGGAGUUCAAAAUAUGUCAAGGCAACGCAAGAAUUGCUCGAAGAAUUUUGUAGUGUUGGGAGAGUAGGACAGUCUUUCAAGAGUAGUAAAAGGUCUGGAAAUCAUAAGAGUGUCGCAAACCCUACUUCUACUGAUCCUAAUCAACAAGGUAGUAGUGGUACUAUUGGAGCUGACCAUGGUGGGUCUUCAUCUUCUUCCAAAGAUAUUCUUCAUCCAUUAUCUGCUACAGAUAGGAUUGAACAUCAGAGAAGAAAGUCUAAGCUAAUAUCUAUGCUUGAUGAGGUGGAACGAAGAUAUAGUCAUUACUGUGAGCAAAUGCGAACAAUAGUGCAUUCAUUCGAUUCAGUAAUGGGUUUCGGAGCGGCAAAUCCAUAUACAACUUUAGCUCAAAAGGCAAUGUCGCGACAUUUUCGUUGUUUGAAAGAUGCAAUAACAUCAGAAUUGAAACAAAGUUGUGAACUUCUUGGUGAGAAAGAAAGCGGUGCUGGAGCUAAUACCACUUCAUCAGGAGUCACAAAAGGUGAAACCCCAAGAUUAAAAUUACUAGAACAAAGUUUGAGGCAACAAAGGGCCUUUAAUCAAAUGGCUGGAAUGUUAGACCAAGAAGCAUGGAGACCUCAAAGAGGUUUACCCGAACGUUCUGUCAACAUUUUACGAGCUUGGCUUUUCGAGCAUUUUCUUCAUCCGUACCCUAGUGAUGCAGAUAAACAUUUGUUGUCUAGACAGACUGGUUUAUCAAGAAAUCAGGUAUCGAACUGGUUUAUUAAUGCCAGGGUUAGAUUGUGGAAACCAAUGGUGGAAGAGAUGUACCAACAGGAAGCCAGAGAAGAAGAAGAAGAUGCAGCAACAACAGAAGAGAGAGACAACAACUGCUCUGCUGCACAAACACCAAUGCCUUCAUCCACAGCAUCUCCAACAACUACAACAACAACAGCAGCAGCAGGGAAAAGAUCUGAAAUUUAUACAACCGAAAAAGACCCAUCAUUCCAUAGAACAGCAACAGCAUCAAUAAUCAAUAGGCAAAGUUAUUCAGAAAACCAAGCACAAAAUUUAGCUGUACCCAUACCAGUCUCUUCUUCUUCUGUAAUGCCCACCACAGCCAUUGCCACGCCACUUGAUGAUGUGUCGCCACAGCCUCCUCCGUUAUCGUAUUAUUCGGCAACCCAUGGUUCCGACAUAAAUCCGUCGGAUAUUGACAUGGAUGAUAUGUGUCAUCGUGCUGGCAUUGCCGCUGUCAAUUAUGGGACCACUGAUAAUAUGAGGUCCUCAUCAAUGGUUAGGUUUGGGACCACAAUGGGCGGCGAUGUGUCGCUAACUCUAGGUUUACGGCAUGCAGGGAAUAGCUUACCGGAGAAGAGUCGGUUUUCAGUGAGGGAUUUUGGCGGUUGUUGAGUUAUACUCUAUAAUAAUGUUUUGGUUACUAGGUACGUUCUUAAAAAGUGUAUAGAAUUCAUAUAUUGUUUCUUUUUGCAUCAUGUUCAUAGUAACUAUAAACUACGUGUUUUGUUUGUUUGCUUGAUCAAGCAAAGGUAAAACUACGUUAAAUA